UUCACAACACAUAUCAAUCUAAUUCUAUACUAUUCACUCUCUCUAUUUCAUCAUCAUGAAUCUCAAAGUAAAGAUGUUUGUGGUGAGUGUGGUUUUGCAGGUUGCUUAUGGACAACACCAUAUCAGAUGCCUUCCAAAAGAGAGGGAAGCACUCCUUCAAUUUAAGGCUGCCAUUGUUGAUGACUUCGGCAUGCUCUCCUCUUGGACCACUCCCGACUGUUGCCAAUGGGAGGGGAUUCGCUGCACCAACCUCACCGCUCAUAUUAUAAGUCUCGACCUUCACGGAGGAUAUCAUUAUGAAUCUCUUUCUCUUAGCAAUUAUUAUGAACCCUAUGACUAUGAAGUCUAUUACAUUGGAGGAGAGAUCCACAAGUCGUUAAUGGAGUUGCGACACUUACAGUAUUUGAACCUCAGUUUCAAUUCUUUUCGAGGCACUAUUCCAGAGUUUCUUGGCUCUCUUACCAAUUUGAGAUAUCUUGAUCUCUCUUCAUGUGGUUUUAGCGGACAAAUUCCAACUCAGAUAAGUUCUCUUUCUCAUUUGAAAUAUUUGAAUCUUGCAACAAAUUAUUAUUUGAAUGGGUCAAUCCCUCGUGAAAUUGGAAAUCUCUCUCGGUUGGAGUAUCUUAAUCUCAGGUACAAUUCUUUUGAAGGAUUCAUUCCUUCCCAACUAGGAAACCUUUCAAAUUUGCAUAAAUUCUAUCUUGGAGGAUAUCAUAGUGCUCUCAAAAUUGUCAGUAGUGAUCAAUGGUUAUCUAAUCUUAAUUCUUUAACCCAUCUUUCCUUCAAUUCCAUAUCUAAUUUUAACAGUUCUCCUAGCUGCCUUCGAACCAUUGCCAAGCUACCAAAAUUAAGAGAACUCAGUUUAUCUGAAUGUGGCCUUUCCGAUCAUUUUCUCCUUUCAUUCAACCCUUCCAACUUUAAUUUUUCUACUUCCCUUUCUGUCCUUCAUCUUUCUAGUAACUCCUUCACACAACCAAUGGUAUUCCAGUGGGUGUCAAACACCACUUCCAACCUUGUUGAGCUUGACCUUAGCUUCAACCUCUUGGAGGGUACCAUUUCAUAUCGUUUUGGCUUGACCAUGAAUUUUCUUGAGCGCCUUGACCUCUCUUUUAAUGCGUUGAAGGAUGAAGAUUUGAAAUCAUUCAUGAAUAUAUGCAACCUACGUUCUUUACACAUGUCUGCAAACGAUAUGGCCGAAGACCUUUCGUCAAUUCUUCAUAAUUUCUCUAGUGGUUGUGUUAGAUACUCACUACAAGAUUUGAGUUUGAGAAACAAUCAAAUCAGAGGCUCUGUACCUGACCUUUCAGCGUUUUCAAAUUUAAACACGUUGGAUCUUUCUGGCAAUCAAUUGAGUGGAAAGAUACCUGAAGACACUAGAUUGCCAUCUCAUUUGGAGCAGUUAUCAGUUAGUUCUAACUCUUUAGAAGGUGGUGUUCCAAACUCAUUUGGGAGCACAUGUACUUUGGAGUUAUUGGAUUUUUCUUCCAAUAAGUUGAGUGAAGAUCUCAAAGUGAUAUUUAAUCAUUUGUCUGGAUGUUCUAGAUACUCAUUGCGAGAGUUAUAUCUCAGUCAAAAUAAAUUCAAUGGCACAUUACCUGAUUUCUCAAUAUUUUCUAAGUUGGAAAGGUUGGAUAUAUCAAAAAAUCGAUUAAAGGACGGAGUUCAAAAAUUAUUUCACAAUGGUACUAUUUUGCGUUCAUUGAACUUAUUUAAUAACAGUUUGAAUGAAAACCUUCCAACAAUAAUGCAUCACUUAUCCCCAUCAUUGCAACGCUUAGAUCUGGGCAUGAAUCAAAUUAGUGGUACUUUGCCUAGCGACCUCGCAACAAUGUUCCCAUCAUUAAAAGGAUUGUACCUUGAUAGUAACAAGCUAAAUGGGACAAUUUCUGAAGAUCUUCGAUUUUCACCAGAACUUGAGGUAUUAAACUUGAUGUCAAACUCUUUGAAAGGUGUGUUAACUGACUCUCAUUUUUAUAAUAUGACAAAGUUAACGACAUUGAUGUUGUCAGACAACUCACUGACGUUAAAAUUUAGUCAAAACUGGACUCCGCCUUUUCAAUUAUAUAGUAUUGAAUUGAGGUCUUGUAAGCAAGGUCCAUUGUUUCCCAAAUGGCUAGAGAAACAAAACAAAUUUCAAUACCUUGACAUUUCAAAUAGUGGAAUAUCAGGUACUGUUCCAAAAUGGUUAUGGACCAAAUUUGGAUUGUCAAAGUUGGUGAGUAUUGAUAUUUCAUGCAAUAAUUUACAUGGUACGAUUCCAAAUUUGCCAAUAGAGAAUCAUUAUGAUUCUCUUAGUCUUGCCUCAAAUCAAUUUGAGGGUCAUGUUCCAUCAUUUUUCCGAGACUCAAUACAUCUUGAUCUAUCAAACAAUAAAUUCACAAAUUCUUCUUGGUUUUUAUGCUCUAGCAGUGUAGCUGAAAAUUUAUACCAAUUAGAUCUUUCAAAUAAUGAGUUUUCUGGACAAAUUCCAAAUUGUUGGACUCAUUUCAAGUCAUUGACUUACUUAAAUAUGAGUCAGAACAAAUUUUCUGGAGAAAUUCCUACUUCAAUGGGAUCACUCGUUCAAAUUCAAGUAUUGUUAUUGAGAAGCAAUAACUUAACAGGUAUGAUCCCUUCUAUCUUGAGGAAUUGCAUAAAGUUAGUGAUGGUAGACAUAGCAGAAAAUAGCUUAUCAGGAUCUAUCCCAAAUUGGAUUGGGAAGAAAUUAUCAAAGUUGCAAUUUUUAAGCUUGAAAAGCAACUAUUUCUCUGGAAAUUUACCAUUGCAAAUUUGUUAUCUAAAAAAUAUUCAACUCUUAGAUCUCUCGCUAAACAACCUAUCUGGAAGAAUUCCUAAAUGCAUAAAAAACUUUUCCUCAAUGACUCAAAUGACUUCUUUGAGGGAUUAUCAAGGUCAUCAAUAUUUGGUCAACACUAGUGCUAUCAUGGGUUACUUUUCAUACAAUUUGAAUGCAAUCUUGAUGUGGAAAGGUUCAGAACAAAUAUUCACAAACAGGGGAUUGUCACUUUUAAAUAGCAUUGAUCUCUCAAGCAAUCAAUUAUCAGGAGAAAUUCCAAAAGAAAUAGAGAGUUUAUUUGGAUUGGUUUCAUUGAAUUUAUCAAGAAAUCAACUGACAGGAAAAAUUCCUUCAAAUGUUGGAGAGUUAACAUCACUUGAAUUUCUUGAUUUGUCACGAAACCAACUUGUUGGUUCUAUUCCUUCCAGUCUUGCUCAGAUUAACCGGCUCACUGUGUUAGAUUUGUCACAUAAUUAUUUAUCUGGUAAAAUUCCAAUUGGCACACAAUUACAGAGUUUCGAUGCAUCAAAAUAUGAAGAUAAUACCGACCUUUGUGGACUACCAUUAGAGAAAUUGUGUAUUGAUGGAGAACCAAGACAACAACCAAUUGUUAAAUAUCACAGGGAUGACAAUUUCAUUUUCAAUCGUGAAUAUUAUAUAAGUAUGACAAUUGGAUUUGCUAUAAGCUUUUGGGUAGUGUUUGGCUCAAUCUUAAUAGUACAUUCUUGGCGUGAUGCAUAUUUCAAGUUCUUAAAUAAUUUAGGAGACACUCUUUAUGUCAUGACAACAGUGAAAGUUUUCAGAAUCUGGUACAAAACAUAGCUGCAGAGGAAAUCUGGAUUAUAGGAGUGUAAGUGGAAAAAUGGAAUUGUUGUUGAAGAUUAGAAUGAUUGUGAGGGUAUCAUGCUCAAAGGACAUAAAGAAAACAGAGGAAAGAGGUACUCUGGAUAUCGAUAACUGAGGAAGAUUUCUAAACAUUUAUUUUCUUUAAAUGUUUCUUUCUUCUCAAUUUUUAUUUUGUAAUGGUUGUUCAGGAAACCUAUUGUGAUUGUGAUCUUUUUUUUUUUUUCUAAAUACUUUGUUUAUAUCUUAAGCCUUUCCUGUGAAGUUAUUCCUCUGUGAUAGAAUAACUUGAAGUUAUAAAAAUUUCAACUUACUUGUGGCA